AUGGCUCGAUAUCUCAACCCGGCCAAAAUUGGCCUUCUCGCUCUUGUAGAGCUCUACGUUGAAGGAGCGGUGCCGAGUGAUGCCAUUCUCCCUGUGUUGUCCUUUAUCACUUCUCACCUUAUGGAUCACACUACUACUAAAAUGUCUGCCGAUCAAUCUGAACGAUGGAGCAAGGCAGAACGAACUGUUAGCCUUGUUAUCAGUAUCAAAGAUUUUGAGAAGCUUCUCGGGAGUUAUCCCUUCUUGAUGGGCAUGCCUGGUCGGAGAUUAUGGGACCAGUUCCUUGGAAAACUCUGGGAAAUCAACUCUCUUGAUGCGCUACAUAAAUUCUUUGACAACCUGUCAGGCAUGUUGGCCAAGACUAAAGAGGAGCGAAAGAGAUUGGCCGAGUUAGGUCAACCGGCGGAAGAAGACGAAGGCAUCAAGCUUUCAGCGAACUCGCCAUUCGGAACCUUUGUGCGCAGAGCACGGCUGGAGUACCAGCGUUUACGUUUUCACGACUGCACAGAGCUCUGGAAGCACUUUGUACGAUAUCGUCAACCAACCGCCUCUUAUCUAAAGCGCAAGAUCCCGGGCUUUGGUCGACUAAGCUUUGACAAUGUCCUCUUGAUGGGAGAGCAAGAGGACUGGGACCAUCAGAGUGUCAUGAACCUGGCCUCUGUUGCUUAUGGUGACAUGCUCACAGGGGAUCAGAGCGGCUCACUCCCCGUGAGCAUGGAUGAUGUUGAAAGCCUGCUUGAGUUCCAGAUCGAGCAGAUGCAGAAAUUUGGAAACAGAAUACCGCUGGAGAUCCGCCACCAAUUCCACGAUCUUCUCAACGACAGCUACCUCAUCCCCAGCCUGACACACUACCUCAAAUUCCUUGACUCAUGGAGAGCCGGAGACUAUCCCACUGCAUUCGACUACCUUCAUCGAUAUUUUGACUAUACCAUGCAGAAUAGAGACCGACUGUUCUACCAAUAUGCUCUUAUGAACCUUGCUGUCCUACAAGCGGACUUUGGCUGCCACAAAGAAGCUGUGGCGGCCAUGCUCGAAACAGUGUCGACAGCACGUGAGAAUCGAGACAUGACCUGCCUCAACUUCGCCUUGAAUUGGCUCUUUCACUUUGGCCGCGCACACCCUGAUCUCGUCCAGAGCCUGGAAUCUAACAGCAUGCUUGGUACCGGCAAGGAGAGCCUGGCCUUCUUGCGAGUGAAGGCCAAGGAAACAGGCAUGUGGACAUUGUGGAGUUCGGUUCUCCUCAGCGAAGCCAAGCUUACACUGCUCAAUGGUGAUAGUGUGGCUACAGCAUUUGAGUCUGUGGUCCGGAGCUCACACAUCAUCGUUGAGAGAAACAUGAAAAACAUGUUUGGCUCUCACCUUUCCCUAACUUCAGCUUUGUGGGAUCGGCUUGGGCUGUCGACACUAUCGUCAGCCACUUGCGAGGUCUUUCUCAAAUGCCAUGCUCGAAAUGCCGUCUUUGAUGACGAGCUAAAGCUUACCUGCCGACUCGCGCUCUUGCUUGCGUCCCGUGGCCGAUACGAUGAUGCGUUGAGCAAAUUGGAAGAGCUGGAGGAGAACUCCCUCAGGUCCUGGAAGCCUAGCCAAUACUGGCACAAGUACCGCGGAGUUGUUAAGUUGAAGAGGGAUCUGCACCACAACAACUUGGAGGGAGCCGAACGACUACUGUCUCAAAUUCUUCAAUCCAAGAUGGAUGAUCUUGAACCUGACAUGGCAUUUCUCGUGGACACUCUUCAUAUCGAUUAUCUUACUCGUCGUGGAGAUCUCCAAGCUGCCUUUGCCAAAGUCGAUAGUAUGAUGUCAGAGCUACAAGAUGAGAAGAAGGAUGUGGUUCUCCGUGUUAAGCUUCUACUUCUCAAGGCCUCCCUUCUUGACAAGUCUGGCCGGCCACAGAGAGCUUUCACCACAGUUAUGCGAGCAGCAAGCAUCUCAUGGGGAGCUCGCCUCAUCCCUUGCCUUUGGCAAGCUAUCGGAUCUCUCUCAAAUAUUCUCAUCUCUCUGGCCGAGUUUGAGCCUGCCUCACAACUUCUCUUGGCUGUUAUACCACGUUCACUGGAGUGCGAGACUGCGAGCCUAACAGCGCAGCUCUACUGUUAUCUCGCGGAUGCCCACAUGGGUCUCGCUGGUGCUUGCGAGCCCAAGUCGUCUAGGCGUGUAGAAUAUAUGACGAAAGCUCUCGCCGCCGUACAGAAGUCAUUCGACCACUACUCGGCCGUUGAAGACAUCAACAUGCAAUGCCAAAUGAUGGCAAAGAAGGCAAUGAUCAUGAAACUAACGGGGGAUUUAGUCCUGGCAGCAGAUUACGCCGCGGCGUAUGUAUCACUACGGAAGACUGCUGAAACCCUCAGCAUUGGCGGAUAA